AUCCAAAUUGAUUACAAUCAAAAUAUCAUCUUCCUCCGUGAUGCCAAAACCUCCACUAAACUCCCAAAAGCCUCCUUAAAAACCCCCCCCCGUUCCCCUUCAACAGCAAAAACAAAAGGCCAGCACUCACCAAAUAAAUAAAUAAAAGCAGCAAAGAAGAAUAAUCAGCUAACAGAUAACACACACACAGGAAUCGUACACCAAAAACAUUAAAAUAAAAUCCACUCUCUGCUCUUCGCUUUCUCCUUUUUCAUCCUUUUUUUUAUAUAUAUUUUAAUUAAUAUAUAAAUGGCGGAUCUGUACGGACCGGCACGGUCACCGGCCACUGAUCCAGAAGAGAUCUCUACUUUCCUCCAACAGUUCCUCGGCAACAACUCUUCUUCCUCCUCUUCUAAAUUCAUCCAUCACGCUCUCUCUACGCCGGUGGAGACUGGCUCCGCCGCCGUGGAAUUGUUGGAUUGCCACCUGUUUGGACGGUCGGAGACGGAGUGCGGAGCCGGUGCUGGAAACUCCGGUGUCAAUCUCUCUGAUCCCGGUGGUUAUUAUGUUAAAGGAGGCGUGGAUAAUGCGGUCUCUUCAGGUAUUUCAAAGAGAAGGGAAGCCUCCGUGGAGGAUGAUCUAGGUGAUUUUAGCUGCGAUAGCGAGAAGGGGGCGGAGGUGGCUGAGGUGCAAGCUAAUGCAGUGCGGCCGCGAAGUUCAUCGAAGAGGAGUAGAGCUGCGGAGGUUCAUAAUUUAUCUGAAAAGAGGAGGAGGAGUAGGAUCAAUGAGAAAAUGAAAGCCUUACAGAAUUUAAUUCCUAAUUCUAAUAAGACGGAUAAGGCUUCGAUGCUGGAUGAGGCCAUUGAAUACUUGAAGCAGCUUCAGCUUCAAGUGCAGAUGUUAACAAUGAGAAAUGGAUUGAGUUUGCACCCGAUGUGCUUACCAGGAGCACUACAGCCAAUGCAGCCGCCCUUGUCAGGAAUGAGCUUUGAUGAAGGAAAUGGGUUGUUAACUACAAACACAUUAACAGGCAUAUUUUCUGCAAAUGAAGAAAGCUCGGUGCAAACUGCUCUUAAUCUUCCAAGCCAGUGCACGGUCUCAAAUCAACCAAUUGCUAUUCCUUCAGGGACAAACAUUACCUCAUCAGAAACUAACUUUGGUUUUGAACCACUGAUCCAUGUCAACCAUGCACCCUUCAAUCUAUGCACAUCUUCAAAGGAAAUAUGCAGGGAAGGAACACCACAGGCACAAAUAGAGAUGAAUCAAACUGUGAAGACAUCUCCAUCCGGACUGCAGAGUCAGCAGGGAACCUGGGCGCUCCCGUCGUGAUGGUAUGAGGACGGAAAAGCGUGUAAACGAACCAGGUGAUAGUAGCGGGUAUGAAAGUGCUGCUCAAACCAACAUGUCAUUAUGGAGAGAGCAAGAACCAGAAGAGCAGUAAGUUCACUUUCCAAACUUGUAUAAGGUGAAUCAAUUCACCUGUUUUGUUCGUUUCGCUCCAUUCAUAUCUGGGUUAGUCAGCCACUUCUCUUGUUUAUGCUACCCGUAUUAUCUUGUGAUUAGGCUAUUUGUAGAUUUUGCAGCAUUUUAAUGGCGUGAAGUCAAUUAUAUGUUGCUUGAUUUGUGUUUUCCUUUUGAGCCGUCUUCUGUACAUCCUUGGCUAUUUAAAGUUUCACCGAGUAAUUCAAACUAUUGUGGGAUGAUCAAAUGGGAAGAAAUUUUGUAUUUUUUGAA